GAAUUCGGCGACCAUUACUGCUAAACAUAGGCUCACAAUGCGCACGUUUAAACAUUUGACAAAUGCUUCUAUUACUCGCAUCAGGAAAAUGAACUUAACAAGAAAGCACAAGAUCAUCUGUGCUACAAUAUUAUUCGGAUUAAUAAUGUGCAUACUGGUUACAAUUUAUAAGGAAAAAAGGAGCUAUCAGGUUCCCGAAAUGUCAGCGGAAGAAAGCGAGAAUGUAAAUGUCUUCGAAGACGACGUUGUCACCUAUGAGGCUGGGGAUUACGUUUUACCGGACGAUGCUACGCUUAAGCAAAUGACGCGAGUGCAAUUGCUCGGCGUCUUUUGGAAAUACAUCAACCGUAUCCAGACGUUGUGCAGGAAUGUAUAUCGUGUUGGUACUGUGAAGGACGGGGGAAAGGAAAUCUGCACUGAUAAGCCCUAUCGACCAUCUCCACCGUGUAUUGUAUAUUCCUUUGGGAUAGACUAUAGAUUAGAGUUCGAUUUGGCAGUGGUGAAGCUAUUUGGAUGCCAGGUGUACGCGUUUGAUCCUAGCAUGAAAAUGGAAUCCAAGCGAGUAUCUGAACACAUCUGGUUCUACAACUGGGGCCUUGGUGGCGAGGAUACGGUAACCAACAAUGGCUGGGUCAUCAAAACGCUUGCAACCAUUAGGAAAGAACUUGGGCAUUCCAAUAAAACAAUCGACGUGCUGAAAGUGGACGUUGAAGGAGAUGAAUGGCAUGCUUUACUACAAAUGCUGAAAACUGGAGCACUGAAAGACGUGAAACAAAUUGCCAUGGAAACGCAUUUUCUGGACAAGGGCAAUUUUCCAGAAGAGGGCAAUGCACAAUUGUCUGCCCUUAGGGACUUAUAUAACGCUGGAUUUAGAAUAUUUAUGAGGGAUAGGAAUAUUGUUGGCAGUAAGAACCUGAAAGGUGACUGGUCAAUGACAGACCUUAACGAAAUUUCUCUAAUUAAUACGCGGAUUGUAAAGACAAAGCAAUGAAGUACAUUUUAUUUCACUUCCAAACAAAUUAUACUGAAUUUCAACUCACAGUGUCAAGUGCACAGACUGUUGUUGAAAGAGGACUUUGCGAUGCGGUGACUUAUGUUUUCAGAAUCACAUAUACAUGUUUUCAUGGUAGUCUAUUCUGGCCAAAUGCAUUUUUUGAAGCCGUGAACGUUCUAAAACAAACAACAACAAACAAAUAGGUUUCUAAUUUUCAAAGUUCUUAAACGGAACAAAAUGUUUAAUGCUACAUGCUCCACUGGUUAACUU